AUGUCGCACGACGCAAAAGAACAACUUUUCCCUGCCAUUGGAACCAUCGCUGACAGGGCUGACCAGCUCCCUGAAAAUGAAGCCAGUGCAAACCCUGAUGAAGACAGGCCCAUGCAGGAGAUCGAGAGUCUAUGCAUGAAAUGCGGCGAGCAGGGCAUCACGCGCAUGCUCCUCACCUCAAUUCCAUAUUUUCGAGAAGUAAUUGUUAUGUCUUUUCGAUGUGAACAUUGCGGCGCAUCGAAUAAUGAGAUACAGUCCGCGGGCACCAUCAGACCUGAAGGUACUCUAUACACAGCAAGAAUUCUAGCUCGAUCGGAUUUGAAUCGCCAAAUUGUGCGCUCUGCGAAUGCAUCGAUCGUCAUCCCGGAACUCCAGCUCACCCUCCCAUCAUCUGCUCGCGGUCAACUCACAACUGUCGAAGGCCUGAUAAGAGACAUUGUAUCUGAUCUCAGUAUAGACCAGCCUUUGCGCCGUGUACAAGAUGAAGAUUCAUACACGAAGAUUCAAUCGCUCAUCGAUAAGCUCGUAGAGAUUCUUGGAGACAAUGAGGUUGAAGACGAGGCUGAAGAUGAUCAAAAUAAUGCUUCGGUGCGCGCGGCGUCCGAGAAGGAUUUGCCCAUGCCUGCAUUUACGGUCAAAUUAGACGAUCCAUCAGGCAACUCGUGGAUUGAAUUCAUUGGAAGUAUGUCUGAUCCCAAAUGGAAUAUGCGAAACUAUCCACGAACGCUGCAGCAAAAUAUUGAGUUGGGAUUGGUCGCAGCUCCAGACGAAUCUGCUAGUGCGUCAUGCUUUUGCGUCGUACAAGGCGCCGCUAAACUAUCUUUGAACGAUGAUGCUGAUGAGGUUGUUGGCGGCGGUGCUGAAGGAACCGACGAAGAGAUCUAUGUUUUUCCGGGUACAUGCUCAAGCUGUGGUCAUCCGCUCGAUACGAUGAUGAAAAAGGUCAACAUCCCCUAUUUCAAAGAUAUAAUUAUAAUGUCGACAAAUUGCGAUCGCUGCGGGUAUCGCGACAACGAAGUCAAAUCCGGUGCAGCAAUUUCAGAGCAAGGCAAGCGUAUGACACUCAAAGUGGAAGAUCGAGAAGAUCUCAGCCGCGAUAUCCUCAAGUCGGAGACCGCUGGUCUCAGUAUUCCCGAAAUCGACCUCGUUCUCACCCAUGGAACUCUCGGCGGUCGUUUCACUACUCUGGAAGGAAUCUUGGAACAAGUGUACGAAGAACUGUCAGAUAAGAUAUUUUCUGGAGACAGUGCUUCCAAUACACCUGAAGCUAUGCAAGAACGCGUAAGGUUUGAGAAGUUCCUAGGUGAUUUGAAAGAGAUAAAAUCCGCUGCUCGACCGUUCACCCUCAUUCUCGAUGAUCCGCUGGCAAACUCGUACAUCCAAAAUCUUUACGCACCCGAUCCUGAUCCUGCUAUGACAGUCGAAUCGUACGAACGAACAUGGGAUCAGAAUGAAGAGCUUGGAUUAAAUGAUAUGAAGGUGGAAGGCUAUGAAUCGGACAGAGCUUCGAAUGUAGGUGAUGCAAGUGUUAAGAAAGACGGCGAGUCCAUCAGUGAGAAAGUUGCAGUAGAGACGACAUUACAUAGGUCGACGUAACUUCGACAAUAGAAUUCUACUGGCGGUUCUUCAGCUACCCCUUUACUUGCAAUGAUUUUUACUACAUACAUAUAAGGGCGCCCUUUGUGCACCGACAAGCACUUAUUAUUUUGGAAAGAAAAAGAUCCCGAGGACCGAUAUCACCCGCUGUUUGUACAUGUGGUCUGCGCUCAGAGCCCUGUACCAGUCUUUAUAGCAUCAUGCCCAUUUGUACUACUUGUACUCGCUGGCUCCCUUACCUUUACACCGUCUACCAAUCUGCCUACAAUCUUCGACUAGACCAGUGCGUU